AUGACAACUGACAUAGAGGAAGAUUCAAAAAUACGACAGAAUCAAGAAUCAUCAAAAAAACUAAUCACAAUCGAACCUCAAAUAUCAAUAAAUCUAGUUCCACCAUUAAACUUUGCAUUAGUUGAAGAUGGAAUAUAUAGAUCUGGUUUUCCAAUGGAAAUCAAUUAUCCAUUUUUACAACAACUUAAUUUAAAAACAAUAAUUUACCUAGGAGAUUUAGGUCAUGAAUCCAAAAAGAAGAAAAAAAAAGAAAAAGAUGGAUCAAUUGAAAUAUUAAAUCAAUAUCUUAAUUGGAUUGAAAAUCAAAAUAAUAUAACAUUUCAUAAUUUAUUAAUAAAUUCAUCACAAGAACCCUUCAACAAGAAUUCUGAAAACUUACAAAGUCUUAAAUCUUUAACUACAGCAUUACAAUUAAUUUUAAAUCCAAAAAAUUAUCCCAUAUUAAUUCAUUCAAAUAAAGGAAAACAUAGAACAGGAUUAGUUAUAGGAUUAAUGAGAAAAAUUUUACAAGGUUGGUGUUUAAGUGGUAUAUUUGAAGAAUAUGAAAAAUUUGCAAUGGGAAAAUUUGAAUAUGAUUUAGAAUUAAUUGAAAUUUGGCAACCUGAAUUAUAUAUUGAUGAUAAUAAUAAACCUAAUUUUGUUAGAAUUUGA